AUGUCUGUCGUCCUUGUGGACACCGAUUAUCGGUCCAAUACAGAAGAUGGUGGCUCAUCACCACAAUUGGCCCAGCCUGGUUGGUACGUGUACGCGCCGCAGUUGUUGGCUACAAAGAGCCGUUUGCUACGAGCUCUCGGUUUUGAAUUUCCGCCAUCGUUGAUUAUAGUGGACACAGCGUCGAGAAGUGUAGUAACAACUGAAGGUCGGAGAUUGCUGGCAGAUGAUGCGAUGGGAACGUCUUUUCCAUGGUGGCCGCCAGCUGCUGCGGAGGUUCUCAAAGGAGAUGUUUUGAGGCGAGUAAACGGGUCUGUAGAAACGGUUGAUUUCUCCACGAUCAAGACGACGGUGCGAGGAUUACUGUUUGGAGCGCAAUGGGUAUGUUUCAUAGUUAGAAUGCGAUACCUUCGAAAUUUCGGAAAGAAUUUUUUAUUCGUUUUGACAUUUUUCUUAACACGUUGACG